AUGCUGUCUCCCGAGUUGGAAACUGACACUGCUGCGGAGGACACGGUGCCCAACACCCCGAACGAAAUCGAAGGCACCCCGGCCAGCAUCGACGUCUUGGAAGAGCAGCAGCCGGUGAAGCAGUCGCUCAGCGCCUCCAUGUGGCGGGAGUCACACUGGCGCUGCCUGCUCCUCUCUUUGCUCAUGUACGGCUGCCUGGGGGCAGUGGCCUGGUGUCAGCUGACCCGCGUGACCAAGCUGAGCUUUGACGCCUCCGUCACCUCCUCCCUCACGGCCUCUAUCUCCUCCCUGCGAGGGGGCAGCGGCCGCUCCAUGAUCUACCACGACAGUCCCUGCUCUGAUGGCUAUGUGUAUAUCCCACUGGCCUUCCUGCUCAUGCUGUAUGCCGUGUACCUGGUGGAGUGCUGGCACUGCCGGGCCCGCGCCGAGCUGCAGUGCAAGGCAGACGUGGACAGCGUGUACGAGCGGGUGCUCCGUAUGCGCCAGGCCCGGCCCUGCGUCUGGUGGAAGGCCAUCAGCUACCACUUUGUACGGCGAACCCGACAGGUCACCCGCUACCGCAACGGCGAUGCCUACACAACCACACAGGUGUACCACGAGAGGGUCAACACCCACGUUGCUGAAGGGGAGUUUGACUACGCGCGCUGCGGGGUGCGAGACAUCUCUAGGGACCUGCGGGGUCUGGAGGGCCACCCCGCCACCCGCCUGCGCUUCACCAAGUGCUUCAGCUUUGCCGGUGCCGGGCCUGAGAACGCUUACCUCAACCAGCGAGCCCGCUUCUUCUCCGAGAUAGAGGGGCUGGAUGACUACAUGGAGGCGCGGGAGGGGAUGCAGCUGAAAAACGUGGACUUCAAAGAGCAGCUCAUCGCCUAUGUGGAUCCCGACCGGCUGCCCUGGUACACUUCGCACGUGGCAUUCUGGCUGGCCGCCUUGCUCAUGUUAUCCUGGCCGCUGCGGGUCCUUGUGGAGUACCGCACGGCCUACGUGCACUAUCAUGUAGAGAAGCUCUUCGGACUGGAGUACAGCAAUAGCAGCCCGUCCCCCUCUGGGGAUAACAUCCCUUUACGGAGUGGCAACUAUGGUUUUCCCAGAGCGGAGACUGUUGACAGCACUGAGCUGGAGUGGCACAUCCGCUCCAACCGCCAGCUGAUUCCCAGCUACUCUGAGGCCAUGCUAAUGAACCUGGGUGGCUCAGGCUCGGGUUCUGGGGAGACGCGGUCGUCUGACGGCUUCCGGCGGGACAGCUACAUAGCCCGGAGCUACGGAGCCUUGGUGCGGGACUGCGAGCGCUGCUGCCAUCGACAGGACAGCCAUGGGCUGGCAGCUACCAGCUCCAGCUGCUCCUCCAUCUUCUCCCGGCACGCCUUCCACUCGCGACUGUCUUUGGACACCUCACGCUUCUCGCUGUGCCGCAUGUACGGGUCGCGGCGGACCAUGGGGCUGUGGCGCAGCCGGAGCAGCACGCUGACGGAGCGCUGCUGUGUGGAUGAGCAUUGCUGCCGCUCCUCCAGCCAGCUCGCCCUCAGCGACAGCCCGCCCACUUACCGUGAUGCCCGCUUCUUCCCCGUCCUCAUCGUGCACCGCCCUGAAGUCUGCGGUGACUCUACCGAGGUGCGCCGCUACUACAUCCGUAGAGGGUCCUGCUGCCUGGAGACCUCACUUUAA